AUGGGAAUUAAUUUGAGUCGACUUAAAAUGAUUAGGGAGAUCGGUUCAACAACAAUUAUGGAUUCAAAAAUUAUCACAACAAAACAUGCAAAUUCAAAAUCCAAAGAAAUUCUGGAGAUUAAAUCGGAACCUCGGAUAACCAAAGAAACUCAGGUGAUCGAACAUCAAGUUGCUGAGGAAACUCGGGAGAUUAAUUUAGAACCUCAGAUAGUUAAAGAGGAUUGGGAGAUUAAAUCGGGAAUUCAAGUAACUAAUGAUACUCAAGAGAUCUUAUCAGUUUCUCAGAUAACUCAAGAGGUUAAUCUCGAAUCUCAAAUGACCAAAUCUCCAAUGAUCGAAUUUACUGAAAAGGUUCAGGCAACAACCCUUGAUUCCAAAAUCAUCUCAAAUCAACAUAUUGAAUUAAUUACAAAAUUGAUCGAUCAUGUGGACACUGCAAAUGAAAUCCACAUCGAAGCAUUUCUUAAUGAAAUAUGCAGAACCAAUAGAAAAAAGAACGUCAGGAAACGUGGAACAGAAAAUCUUAUAAUGUGCCAAAACCAAAACCUUGAAUCAAACGAUCACUAUGCAGCAAUCCUUAAAUAA